GAAAAUAUAUUUGAGUGGCAAUUUGCAAUCCGGGGCCCUUGUGAUACUGAGUUUGAGGGAGGAAUCUAUCAUGGGAGGAUCCAAUUGCCAGCGGAGUACCCUUUUAAGCCCCCGGCCUUUAUGAUGCUCACUCCAAAUGGUCGUUUUGAGACACAAACAAAGAUUUGCUUAAGCAUUUCAAAUCAUCAUCCUGAGCAUUGGCAACCAUCAUGGAGUGUGCGCACAGCGCUAGUGGCCUUGAUUGCAUUUAUGCCAACCAACCCAGAUGGAGCACUGGGCUCGGUGGACUACAAGAAGGAAGUAAGGCGGGAACUUGCCAUCAAGUCGCGUGAAGCUGCCCCAAAAUAUGGCAGCCCGGAGCGACAAAAAUUAAUUGACGAGAUUCACCAAUACAUGCUUAGUAGAGCUCCACCUGUGCCUCAACUUGCUCCAGUCCAAACCACUGACGAACAAAAAAAGAACGCAAGCAAUGAACAACAGAUUAAUCCACAUUCCAAUACUGUUGGUGUCACUGAAGAUCAUCCAAACCCAGAAAUGGAGCGGAGGGUUGUGGAAGAUGCAGCUGCAGGUCGUCUGAGAGUCAGCUUCAGUGCUGAAGUGAGCUUGUCAAGGACACCAGAAGAAGUGGAAAUUGGCGAGCAACCCCAGAAUCCUGUUGCUAGAGCUCAGAAGCCGAUGGAUGACCGCCUGCUCACUUGGGUGGCCGUCGGGUUAACUGUUGCUAUCAUAGCCCUUCUAGUGAAGAAAUUUCUGAAAUCCAGUGGGUUUGCUGGCUACGUGGAUGGGCUAUAAAUAGCAAGAUAAGACAUUUGGGGUGGAAUUUAUAAUCAUGCUGGAUCAAGUGAUAGAAAUAGUUUCUGUUGAUAUUCAGAGAAAUAUAUAUAUAUGCUUGUCUGCAGCCAUAUACUGUGCGCAGUGUAUUAUUGGCAGUUGAUAAGUCUUGCUAAUAAGAUACCUUGUAUUUUUUAUACCAUCUUAAGGAUUUUUUUUUUGGGUUA